AUGUCGUCCAUUGGUGCACAAGUCAGAAAAGUUGCCACCGCUGUUGAUCCAAUUGUCACAGAUUAUGCAGUUGGUUAUUUUAACCAUUUAUCUAAAGUUACAUUUGAUGCAGUUCAAAGUAAACAAUUAGACUUACCUUCAGAAGUUGAUUUUGUUAGUUCAUUAUUAGUUGAUGCAGGUGCUCAAAAGGACAAUAUCGACACUUUAGCUAAGAAUAUUCUUGAUCAAUUAACUAUUCAACUGAAAGAAAAUCAAGCUAAAAUGGAAAUUACUGGUGAUACUUCAAAGAGAUUAUUAGAUGUUAACAUUCUGAAGAGUCACAACGAAAAGGAGAAUAUCAAUGCAUCUUUGAAUAUUUUGGGUGUUAAUGGUUCUGAUAUUGAACAUACCGGUAGAAAGAUGGAAACUAGAGUCGAUUUAAAGAAAUUGGCUAAAGCUGAACAAAAAAUUGCUAAGAAAGUUGCCAAGAGAAACAAUAAAUUUGUUCAAUAUGAGGCUUCUAAAUUGAUUGAGGAACAACAAAACGAAGAUUACGAUUCUUUCUUCUUAAAGAUUAAUCCAUUGGAAUUCGGUUCUGCAGCGGGUAAAUCUAAGGAUAUUAAGAUUGACCGUUUCGAUUUAUAUGUUGGUGAUGGUCAAAGAAUUCUUUCUGAUGCUCAAUUAACUUUAAGUUUUGGUCGUAGAUACGGUCUUGUUGGUCAAAAUGGUAUUGGUAAGUCAACAUUAUUAAGAGCGUUAUCUAGAAGAGAAUUAAAUGUUCCAAAACAUAUUUCUAUUUUACACGUCGAGCAAGAAUUGAGAGGUGACGAUACCUUGGCAUUACAAAGUGUCUUAGAUGCUGAUGUGUGGAGAAAACAAUUAAUUGGUGAAGAAUCCAAAAUUAAUGAGAGAUUAAAGGAAAUUGAAUCUCUAAGAGGUGAAUUUGAACCUGAAAGUCUGGAAAUUAAAAAAUUAGAUAAUGAACGUGAAGAUUUAGAAAAUCAUUUAUUACAAAUAGAUGAAAAAUUAGUAGAUAUGGAAUCUGAUAAGGCAGAGGCUAGAGCUGCUUCUAUUCUUUAUGGUCUAGGUUUCAGUACUGAUGCUCAACAAAAACCAACCAACUCAUUCUCGGGUGGUUGGAGAAUGAGAUUAUCAUUAGCUAGAGCAUUGUUCUGUCAACCUGACUUGUUACUACUGGAUGAACCUUCCAAUAUGUUGGAUGUUCCAUCUAUUGCCUAUUUAGCAGAAUAUCUGAAAACUUACCCAUCGACAGUUCUAACAGUUUCUCACGAUCGUGCAUUCUUAAAUGAAGUAGCUACUGAUAUUAUUUAUCAACACAAUGAAAGACUUGAUUACUAUAGAGGUCAAAACUUCGACUCCUUCUAUACUACUAAAGAAGAACGUAAUAAGACUGCUCAAAAGGAAUACGAAAACCAAAUGGCAUACAGAAAGCAUUUACAAGAAUUUAUCGACAAAUAUAGAUACAAUGCUGCCAAAUCCCAAGAAGCUCAAUCUAGAAUUAAGAAACUGGAAAAGUUACCUGUUUUGGAACCACCAGAACAAGAAAAGACAAUUAAUUUCCAUUUCCCAGAUUGUGAGAAAUUGUCCCCGCCUAUCAUCCAAUUACAAGAUGUUUCAUUUGGAUAUGAUGAGAAUAGCUUGUUAUUAAAGGAUGUUAACCUUGACGUCCAAAUGGACUCUAGAAUUGCAUUAGUAGGUGCCAACGGUUGCGGUAAAACUACUCUAUUGAAGGUCAUGAUGGAACAAUUAAGACCAAUAAAGGGUUUUGUAUCCAGAAACGGUAGGUUAAGAAUAGGGUACUUUACACAACACCAUGUUGAUUCUAUGGACUUAAAUAGUUCUGCUGUUGAUUGGAUGUCUCAAAAAUACCCUGGUAAAACUGAUGAGGAAUACAGACGUCAUCUUGGUUCUUUUGGUAUAACUGGUACCUUAGGUUUGCAAAAGAUGCAACUAUUAUCCGGUGGUCAAAAAUCUCGUGUUGCAUUUGCAGCCUUGUGUUUGAACAAUCCACAUAUAUUAGUUCUGGAUGAACCUUCCAAUCAUUUGGAUACUACAGGUUUGGAGGCAUUAGUGGAUGCCUUAAAGAACUUCACUGGUGGUGUCUUGAUGGUUUCUCACGAUAUUUCCAUUAUUGAUAAUGUUUGCAGUGAAAUUUGGGUAUCAGAAAAUGGUACAGUUAACAGAUUCAACGGUACUAUUUACGAUUACAGAGACUAUAUCAUAUCAUCCGCCAAUGAAGCAGGUGUUGUCAAAAAGCACUGA